CGGUUCGCCGCCCAGGCUGCCGGUUAUCGAGGCGGUUGCUGAGGCCUGCAGGGGCUGGGGAGCGGGCGCGUGCUAGAGGCCCCUGGGGGGCUCCAGGACUGGAGGCCUCCAGCCAUGCAGCAGCGGGCCCCGCCCCUGCAGGUCUCCUCUGUGCCCUGCUGCCGCUUCUGGGGACACCUGGCCAGGCAUCCCUGACACUGGGCAUCGCCGGCAGCCCUCAAGGAGCUGUCUUCUGGGUGUGCUGGGCCCCUGGACUAUGCCAUCCAAGUCAGUCUCCCUGGGGCCCUCGGAGCCGGCUCCCCAGCAGCCCACCGCCCAGGGGCGCCUGCAGUCAGAAGGGAGAAUGCUCGCAGGACAGCUUCCCAACACAGACAAAGACCUGGUCCCCUGCCCAGGGUCCCCGCCCACCGACAACUGUUCUGGGCCCAAGCAGAGCCCAGUGGUCCCUCUGAACAUUCCAGCAAAAAUCAGCGAUGAAGACCCUCAGGCUAAAGCAAAACCCUUUGCCCCCAAGCCACCAAUGAGGCCCAGGCUAGAGCGAGCACUGUCCCUGGAUGAGAAGGGCUGGAGGAGCAGGCGUCUGCAGAACAGCCGAGACGACCUGGCCUCCCAGAACGGGGCCAGCCCCUCCAGGGGCUCCUUGCAGGAGCAAGGCCCUGGGCCCCCUGCCCACACUCGCUCCCCAACUGGCCUGAGCACCUCCUGUCAAGAAAUUCCCACAUCCCAUGGGACUCUGGGCCGCGGGGGCGGGAGCCCCUCCUCAUGGGGUAACGGUGUCUCUGGGAUCAUCGGCACCUCCCUGGACACCCUGCACCGGAACGGGGCCUCGGCCGGGAGCACCCAGGGGCUGGCCAGUGGGCUUCCCUCACACCUACCGCCUGCCCUGGACUGGAACAUCGCUUCCAACUCCCUGCGGACAGCAAACAAGGUGGACGCAGACCACACUGACUACAAGCUCCGCCUGCAGACCAGGCUGUUCCGGGCCCACAGCAGCCUGGGCCCCAGCCGGCCUCUGAGCCCCCUGGCCUGCGACGACAGUUCCCUGCGCUCCGCCAAGUCUUCCUUCAGCCUCCUGGCACCCAUCCGUGCCAAGGACGUCCGGGACAGGAGCUACCUGGAGGGGAGCCUCCUGGCGAGCGGGGCCCUGAUGGGGGCAGAGGAGCUGGCCCGGUACUUCCCGGACCGGAGCGUGGCCCUCUUCGUGGCCACCUGGAACAUGCAGGGGCAGAAGGAGCCACCUCCGAACCUGGACGAGCUCCUGCUGCCCGCCGAGGCCGACUACGCCCAGGACCUGUAUGUUGUCGGAGUCCAGGAGAGCUGCUCCGACAGGCGGGAGUGGGAGGUGCGCCUGCAGGAGACGCUGGGGCCACACUACGUCAUGCUGCACUCGGCGGCCCACGGGGCCCUGCACGUCUCCGUGCUCAUCCGCCGGGACCUCAUCUGGUUCUGCUCAGAGGUGGAGAGCUGCACAGUGACCACACGCAUCGUGUCCCAGAUCAAGACCAAGGGGGCCCUGGGCGUGGGCUUCACCUUCUUCGGCACCUCCCUUCUCUUCAUCACGUCCCACUUCACCUCUGGAGACGGGAAGGUCAGCGAGCGGCUGCUGGACUACAGCAGGACCAUCCAGGGCCUCGCCUUGCCCAAGAACGUGCCGGACACCUGCCCCUACCGCUCCGACUCCGCGGAUGUCACCACGCGCUUCGAUGGGGUGUUCUGGUUCGGAGACUUCAACUUCCGCCUGAGCGGUGGGCGGCCGGCCGUGGAGGCCAUCCUGAAGCAGGACCCGGGGGCCAGCGUGCCCGCCCUGCUGCAGCUGGACCAGCUCACUCGGGAGAUGAAGAAGGGGACCAUCUUCAAGGGCUUCCGGGAGCCAGACAUCCACUUCCUGCCGUCGUACAAGUUCGACAUUGGGAAGGACUCGUACGACACCUCGUCCAAGCAGAGGACCCCGUCCUACACGGACCGGGUUGUGUACCGCAGCCGCCACAAGGACGACAUCUGCCCCCUCCGGUACUCCUCCUGCCCUGGGGUCAGGACCUCUGACCACCGCCCCGUGUACGGCCUGUUCCGGGUGAAAGUGCGGCCGGGCAGAGACAACAUCCCACUGGCUGCCGGCAAAUUUGACCGAGAACUGUACUUAAUCGGGAUUAAAAGGCGGAUUUCCAAAGAAAUCCAGAGAAGGCAGGCCCUGAAGUCACAGCACUCCAGUGCUGUCUGCACCGUCUCCUGAGGGAGUCUGACCAAAGAGGUCGUUCCUACCAUUUGUGUCCCCGGAAAGCUCGGGGGAGGCUGCUGUCUGGGACCGCUCUGCCUUUGGGGACACUGAUGACCCACUGUCGGAGGCUGUCCUGGAAGCCUCCUCGGCAGGCCGUGGGCCACGGCACAGGCAGGCCCUCGUCCCCAGACCAGGAGCAGCUGCCGGCUUGCCUGGCAUCCCUGCAGAAGGCCCAACUUCCUUCUUGGGGCAGGUGGAGCCUGGGCCCCACACUGGCCACGCCACACCUGCCCCCGUUCCUUGGGGGGCUCAUGCCCCUCAAGCCGGCAGCAGGCACAAGCCCCAGCCCACCUGCGCCCACUCCCAUUCCCGUGUUCGUGCAGCUGUGCCCGCGUCCCGGGUCCUGGUCUCCACCCUCCAGUCCUUCCUCCUUGAGCGGGCUGGCUUGGCACCAGGGAGGCUGCUCGGUGAUGCCGAUGGGGUGACCUGGGGCACAUGCUAGCACCAUGCCGAGGCCCCGUCGGUCACCAGGCUGAAGCCAGUGUCCAGGGCACCACCAGGGCAGGCUGGGGGGGGGGGUGCCCAACAUUUCAGGCCCAAGGAGCCUCCAGCCACGACAGCAGCCUCCCGUCCUGGCUUUGCUGGCUCCAGACCACCUGCUCCUGUGGCAGCACAUCUGCCGGGCAGGGUGCCCCCACCAGGUCUGGGCCACCCCUCAGUGUUCAGACUGUCACCCCUUCAUCAGACCCGUCUCCUGGGAAAAGCAUAGGCUUUGAAUGUUUGGAAACCCUGGGGCAUUUGAUCUAGUCUACUCGAUUAUUUAUUUUUCCAUAUUUAUAUUUUUAAAUAAAGACAUAUACCGAAUCUUUGACUCUCUCCAGC